CCAUUUCCUUUUUCUCUGUAUGACUUGUUGGAGCAAAGUCUACCAUUGUACAAUGUGCUUAGGAAGCAUGUGAGACGAACAUCAGGCCUUUCUAAGAGCCCAUUACCGCCUCCAGAUAUUCCAGUUCCUGCAAAUAAGAAGCUGCUUGCAUGGGUUGGAGAUGAGAUUCUACCUCGUGAAAGUGCCAAGGUUUCUGUCUUUGACUCAGUAGUCCAAGGAGGUGAUUCAGUCUGGGAGGGACUUCGAGUGUACAAUGGGACGAUAUUUAAGCUUGAGGAGCAUUUAGAUAGGUUGUUUGACUCAGCCAAGGCACUGGCUUUCAAGAAUGUUCCAACUCGUGACGAGGUCAAGGAAGCCAUCUUCAGAACUCUAAUUAGGAAUGGAAUGUUUGAUAAUGCGCACAUCCGACUAUCCCUUACACGGGGAAAGAAGGUCACUUCAGGCAUGAGCCCAGCAUUUAAUCUUUAUGGAUGCACCUUAAUUGUGCUUCCUGAAUGGAAACCGCCCGUCUAUGAUAACACUCAUGGCAUAACUCUGGUGACUGCUACAACACGGCGUAAUUCACCCAAUAAUUUGGAUUCAAAGAUUCACCACAAUAACCUCCUCAAUAACAUUCUAGCAAAGGUAGAAGGAAAUAAUGCGAAUGCAGAUGAUGCAAUUAUGCUUGACAAGGAUGGUUAUGUGUCAGAGACAAAUGCUACAAAUAUUUUUUUAGUGAAGAAAGGCCGUGUUUUAACUCCUCAUGCUGAUUAUUGCCUUCCUGGAAUCACUCGAGCUACUGUUAUGGACCUAGUAGUAAAAGAGAAUUUGGUCCUAGAGGAACGAAAUAUCAGUCUAUCAGAGUUCCAUACUGCAGAUGAGGUAUGGACCACCGGAACCAUGGGAGAGCUUACUCCAGUUGUCAAGAUUGAUGGACGUGAAGUUGGAGAUGGUCAAGUAGGCCCUGUGACACACAGGUUGCAAAAAGCUUAUAAAAAGUUGACAGAGGAGGCGGGAGUGCCUAUUCCAUCUUACCAAGAAUGAGAAAGCAGCUUGUAGAAGGCCGUACGAUCAUUUCUUCGGUUCCGGAUCUUCCUCCAAAGAAUGAAGAUUUCAAGGUUCCAAUUCUGUAAUGGGGAAUAAGUAGAUGUACAAGCUUGUAUGCUCUCUCUGUAUCUUAGUGAUUGGAGAGUUCAGAUGUAGGGGAUGUCAUAUUGCACCUUUGAAAUAGAUAAAUUGGAAUCCAAUGGCGAUUAGGAGUAUAAUAAUAUCUUUAACUCUAUUUAUACAUGUAAUAAUACAACACUUAAUUCUUGGAUUUUACCUUUUUGCAGGGUUUGGUAAUGGCAAAUCAAGAAUUAACAUUAGAGA